GCCCCGUGAUCGAUGGGGUUCGAUGCGCAUCCUAACACUGUGUUAUUUGCGCUGGCUGCAACGGUCAGUUUGAAAAAUGAAGGGUCGCAUCGUGGUUGUUGGCGCUGGCGUCGUCGGGCUCACGACUGCCCUGCAGCUCUCGCUCGAUGGUGUUCCGUCAAGCUCCAUCGUCGUGCUCACGAAAGAUGCGUCCGAAGACACCGUGUCCUGCGUCGCCGGCGCUCUCUGGGAAAGCCCGCCGUACGAGAUGGAGGCCAACCCGACGGCCGUCGGGUGGUGCGCAACGACGUUGUACAAGCUCACGCAGCUCUCGCGGGACCACCCCGAGACGGGCAUCCAUGUCGUACCAAGCUUCACCGUGAGCGAGCGCCCGCUCGAGACAAACGUCGACGCCAAGAACGCUUGCACGAGCUAUGACGAGUGGGAGACGCCGUCGAGCGCCAACGCGCUACUGCGGCGCGCCGGCGUGCCCGAGCUCAGCGACAAGUUCCGCCACUUUCAGAUGUACGACGCACCGAUCGCGGCCAUGGACGUCUACCUCGCGUGGCUCAACGCCGAGCUGCGCCGGCGGGGCAUUGAUAUCCGGCGUGAAUGCGUCGCCGACCUCCACGCGCUCGCCACGCCCGACACGAUCGUGGUCAACUGCACCGGCCUCGCCGCGCAUGUCUACGACAAGGCCAUGUAUCCGUGCAAGGGCCAAGUCGUGCGCGUGCACGCGCCGUGGGUGCGUGCGGCGAUCCUCGAUAUGGACUCGGGCGCGUACAUGAUUCCGCGCCCGAACGGCGACCUCAUUUGCGGCGGCACGAGCGAAGACAACCAGUGGGACUUGGUCGUCGAGGACCACGUGACCGAGACGAUCUUGGCCAAGUGCAAGGCGAUUCUACCGUCGCUUGAGCACGCGCGGGUUCUCGGUGUGCGCACGGGCCAUCGCCCGAAGCGGCGCGGCGGCGCGCGAGUCGAGACCGAGGCGUCGGCGCACGGCGGCUACAUCGUCCACAACUACGGCCACGGCGGAUCCGGCAUUUGCUGCUCGUGGGGCACGGCCAUCGACGCCUCCAAGCUCGUCCAAACGUGCUUGCGGCAGAUCAACCACACCCAGCAUUUGAGCAAGCUCUAACUCUACUUCAUAUAUUCAUUCAGUCCUCC